AUGCACCCCUUCUCGAUCCUCACGCUAGGCAUCUUCGUUGCUGGCUACUCUACUGCGCGCUGGGAUCUGGUCAACCGUCUGUACGAGCUUGCCAUCUUCGCCUGGGUUCACGGCGUCGUGUGGCGAACAGCGCAGGGCUUCGCAGUCCUGUCGGUGCUCUUCUUCCUCGUAGUGCUGCCCGUUGAGCGCUUGGCCUCCCACGAGGUCCACUUGCAUCCUCGAGCGGUCGGUGGCGGUAUCUCUGCUCGCGAGCAGCUCAAGCGGCGCGGAUCCUUUUAA